AUGCUCCCAGCAGCGUUUUUGCUCAUCUCUGCUCUGAGGCUGGUAGUGGGGUUCGACCUAGGGCUAUCUACAAAGUGUGUUGCUAUCCCUAAGGAAAUGAGCAUCUGCCAUGAUGUUGGUUACUCAGAAAUGAGGCUACCCAAUCUCAUGGGACACACCAGUUUGGCAGAAGCUGUUGCGAAAUCUGCUGGAUGGCAGCGUCUUGUGGGGUCUGGCUGUCAUCCUUAUGCAAGGGCUUUUCUCUGCUCUCUUUUUGCACCCGUCUGUUUGGACACUUUCAUCCAGCCUUGCCAAAGUAUAUGCGUUGCAGUUCGAGAUAGGUGUGCUCCUGUCCUGGGAUGCCAUGGAAGUCACUGGCCCAGCAGUCUGGAGUGUGAUCGAUUCCCUGCAGAUGAGGACAUAUGUCUUGGAUCCCUGAGCAAAGAACAGAAACACAUUGUCAAAGUUGUCCCAAAGCCUACCUGUCAGAUCUGUCCUGCAUUUGAGGAGUUCCUCACACAUAAGAAUGUGUUGGACCUUUUUUGCACCAAUAACUUUGCAGUGAAGGUGAAACUUUCUAGGAAACAAACUGCCUUCAGCAUUCAAGAAUAUAAUGUUGACUGCCGAGCUGAAUUGAUUACCCCCAGUUUGGUCUUGCCUUAUGAUGCUUGCAGUAUGAUUGAACAGUGGCUGCUGGUCAAUGAGGACUGUACUCAGAAGAUGACCCAUACUCACCGUCCCAUGGUGUAUCUCAUUGUGGGGACAACUGUGGAAAGUAAUGUCUUAGUGCACCAAGUGUACCGCUGGCCAAGAUGGAAUUCCCAGCUUACCCUAUCAACACAGAAGUGGAGGCAACAUAAAUGUACAUAG